AUGACCCGUCACCUUCCAAUUUGGCGAUGUCGGCGACAAAGUUGCGGAGGCGAGCAUCUCCCUGAUCUUCCAGACGAAAUCAUCGCUCAGAUCAUUUCAACCAUUUCUCCUACUGAGAUAAUUACAUUACGAUGGUUUGGGAUCAGUAGUGGCUUUGAUCACAUUGUCAAUGAACACAUUAAAAAGUGCACCACUUUGAAUGUAUGCGAGGACUUCAUUUGGCAGUAUCUUCGUUCGGAGUUGCUUCGAGCGAAUCAACUAUGGCCAGCACACAGGAAUCUCCUCCAUCUGCUGAUGAAGAAAUGUUUCUGUUAUUUGCAAGAAUUGACAGUUCCCAUCGCUAUGUUUACGGAAAUUCACUCGAUUUUGGAAAGCACCAAUACAGCCGAUCCCGUGGCAUUGGCAAUGCCACGGUUGACCAGAAUUACGGUACAUAUUGGAGAGGAGUGGGGAAAGCUGCUUAUAUCACACAACUAUGACAACUUAAAGAUUAGGCCUCUUUGCAGUUACCUAGCGGAGGUCAAUCUCGAUAUAAAACUUUCGGACGUGGAGAUCGUAACCUGUUGCGGCUUUCGGUCACUAGUUCGAUAUUUCUUGGAAAUGGCAGACUCUCAUACAAUUUGGAAUUUGACACUAGAAGAUUGUACCAGCAAUGGACAGGGUUACUAUGGGCCGUCUGACAUGAAUAGAUGUCGUAACAAGGUGUUUAUAAGCUACGUUCGUGUUCUUCUCGAUCUUGGUGUGACAAUCAACCGGCUCACACUGCUCGACAGGAGAAAAAUAUCUCCAUACAUGAUGAUAAUGUCGCUCAAUAAACGCCGUUCUCUCUAUAUGUAUCCUGAGUUCAAGUGUUGCCGUGAGUUGUUUGUGUGCUACGACAUCGGCUUGAUUGCUCCAGUCUUCGCUCAUGAGAAUGACCGAUUUUUGUCGUUGCAAAUUUUUGAAGUGGACGAGUCUCAUGUUCUUUACAAAAGGGAUCUACUCGAAUAUCUGAGCAGCGCACCAAAUUUAUGCGAGAUGCGUGUUGUUGUGCCAGCAACUUGGUCAAGAAGGGUCAGCUCAUGCAAAAGGGGUUGUUUCACCAGUCCCGAUUUUGCUUGCUUCAGACCAGAUGGGUGGUGUGGUGUGCAAGCGAGACUGCCAACAACUAAAUUUGCCUUGGUUGGUUCGGACGACGAGUCCUCGGACGGUGGUCAUGAGACAAAUUCUACGCAACUGCCCGCCAUCUAA